AUGUCCAAUAGAUAUACUUCGUCAUUACAAAACAUAGCCGCCUCGGAGAACGACUCUAGGGCAGCUUCCGGAACGCAACUGCCCGACUUCGGCGAGCUAUACUCGUCAUAUGCUCACAACAGCAACUCUCAAGCGGACUCAUACCAGGAGGUCGAAUCGGACUCACAGGAUCCCAGUAACGUCUCACAGGAAUCUUUGGACUCCAAUUCGAAUUAUGUGGGUGACGAUACUCCUCCUGUAAGGAAAGGUUCUCGCAAACUCAACCCCACCAGAGCUCAGGCGGUAUUCCAGGCCCUCAACGAUAAAUCGCUUCUCGACACGCCCAAGACGCCAGUAAGACCGGAUUCCCGAGGUCUGAGCGACUCCUUUGACUUCACACAACCAGAUACUCAGCGUGGGUACCAUUCCUCCUCGUUGAAUGUGCUUCUCGACACCCCUUCUUCAGAGAGCCAGUAUAGAGAGCUAGUCUCCACUCCGCCGGUUAUAGAGACAAACUAUCGUCACGGUGGACGGCUCGAAGACAGUGAGGAGAACGUAGAUAGCAGCAACUUGGAAAGCAAUGUUGACGUGUCAUUGCGCAGUGAAAGUGUCGAUGACUGGGCCGAAAAGGGGGCCGCAGAGAAGACUGUUUCCACGAGCUCCAGCGGCUACGACUAUAAAGUUAUCAGACGUACGGUCAAAGACUUUGAAUUUGGAAAAGACAUAGGUGAGGGAUCGUACUCCACCGUGGUGUUGGCUACAGAUAAGCUCACCAACAAGAAGUACGCAGUGAAGAUCCUAGAUAAGCGCCAUAUCAUCAAGGAGAAGAAGGUCAAGUACGUGAACAUUGAAAAGCAUGCACUUAACAGGCUUAGCGGCUGCCCUGGUGUUAUCUCAUUAUUUUUCACAUUUCAGGAUAAGCACUCCCUAUACUUUGUUCUCGAUUAUGCUGCCAAUGGCGAGCUCCUUGGGCUUAUCAAGCAGUACGGAACGCUCAAUGAAGAUUGCACCCGGUAUUUCGGUGCUCAAAUGCUUGAUGCCAUCAAAUAUAUGCAUGAUAACGGUGUAAUUCACAGAGACAUAAAACCUGAAAACGUGCUUUUAGAUGAAAAGUACAGGAUUCAGAUUACAGACUUCGGAACCGCAAAGCUUCUUGAAAGAAAGAAGAAUGGACAUACUGGUGAGGAAGAAGAUUACCCCUUAGACGUGCGGGCCAAGUCGUUUGUGGGUACUGCUGAGUACGUUUCUCCUGAAUUGCUUGAAAAUAAAUACUGUGGAAAGCCUGGUGACAUCUGGGCUUUUGGAUGUAUAUUGUACCAAUUAAUUGCGGGCAAGCCUCCUUUCAAAGCAACCAACGAAUACCUCACUUUCCAGAAGAUCACCAAGCUUCAGUACGCCUUUAGUGCGGGUUUUCCCUUAGUUCUCAGAGACUUAAUCAAGCAGGUUCUUGUUCUUCAGCCAUCUAGAAGAGCUACUAUCAGCCAGAUACAAAAACAUCACUUUUUUCAUGAUAUCAAUUUUGACGACAGCGACGCCAUAUGGAAUACGCCAGUUCCUGAGUUAGGCCCUUACAAGAUGACGGCGAAGUCAAUGAUGAAGAUGCCAACGAAAGCUGUUUCUCCAAAGAAAAUCAUCAGAAAGCCAGGAAAAAAGAAGACGGCUCCGGAAACAGAAUCGCCACAACUGCUUCUGGAUCGGCCAGAACUGAGACGUACAGCAAGUGAGAGUAGUAUCCCAGGGAGACAACAAAGAAAUUACAGUGCUGCAUCUGUGGCCGCCUAUGUUCUAAGCAAGCAGGAUGACGAUGAGUCCCAAACAAGUAUUGCGAAUCCUUCUGCUAGCGCAACAGCUAGAAAACCUUCAGUUACAGAGUACAUCCCUGGAACUAAUAUCUUGCGUCCAGUGAUCAAUUCACGGGCAAACUUCUCUAGAAGCAGCGUUAGUCAGAAUUCUGGCUCUAUAAGUAACUCCAGUACGCCUCAGGUGAAGGAGUCCAAAUCGAAGCCCGCAGAAGUUCCGCCUAUAUCGAGUGUGGAGCUUGCUUGGCAGGCCUACCUCCAGGACCCCGAUGAAAGAAUUUUGCAUGUUGGUCAGGCAAUUGCUUGCAAGCAGCCCACAGAAUAUUUUGAGAGGAAGCACAAGGGCCUCAUUCAUAACGCUCCAUUGAAAUAUAUCAGUCAGCUUCAAGCGGUAGCGAAAGUCGGUGGUAAUGACUCAAUGCUCACAAGGGUUGCUCAUGGAAGCAAAGGCGGGCUCAGGAGUGCUCCUGAUAACCCCAAAUACAUUGCCAAUGAGAAAGAUGCUAUACUUGAAUUCGAUAACGAUGAACCAGACGAGAAGAUCGCAAGCAUUCCUGAAGAUGAAGAUGAUUCUGCUUCCCCAUCAGAGACCAAAGAGGAGCUGAAUACCACGAACAAGUCAUCCAACAUUGGUAAACGGUUUUUCAAGAAGUUCUUGACUCACUCCGAAAAGACUGACGAAAGUCUGCCUGAUUCUGCUUCCACUAAGUCGGGAAGCAGUGGGAAUGGAAGAGCACGUAGCUCGAGUUUCUCUUUGGAUAAAGCCAAAAACUGCACUCUUGUGGUAACCUCUCAUGGACGUUUUCUAAUAUUCAUCAAAGAAGGCGAGCCUAAGUUGGUGAACGAAAUUCAACUUAAUUAUCCAUUUAUUCUGUUCAAGGAGGUAGUCACGAAUCAUGCGGCCAAAUUUGGCAAAAUCGUACCCGUUACGGGUAUCUUUGCCGUUCAGGCGAUUGAGACCACCUUUGUAUUCGAAGUUGAUAAGUUUGAGGUUGAUCUCUGGACUAGCGCAUUGGCCAGAUCGAAGCUUGCUCAAUUCGAAAGAGAGAGAGAGUCGAAACCUUCCCCAAAAUUGAUGGAUGCUCCACCCAUCAAGACACUCCCAACGACGAAUAGCAAAACAUUUGAGUACAAUCGUGAUAUCCCAUCACCGCCGCCUCCACCUCCGGCAACAAGGAAAUCUCGGGAAGGAAGACGCAGCGAACUGCCCAAGACUGUGAGUCCCACAAAUACAAACCAGGAAAAACCUGCAAAGCAAACGCUUGACCCCAAGAGCCACCUGAUGUUUAAGAGCAGAACUAAGCAGUCCAAGAGUAUGAGAAGAAAGCCCCCACCACCACUUCCCACGGGCCAUAUCAACAACACUGGGUUAGCCAAGGACUCGUCUGGGCCUGAUAACGAUACCCUUCACGCAGCGCUUCUAGCGGUGAACAACAACCCCGUGGCUAAAGUAAAUGAAGACACUCGUCGGUCGAGUUUCUCCAAGAGCUCACCUACUAGUCCUACGGCGAAUAUCACUUACAGAUACCAGUCGUCGUCGAAUGGUAAGGGGCGCAUCACUGCCAUGAAUUCCAAAUUGCUCAAUCGGUCUCGCAACAAGCCUCAAUAA